ACAAAAGAAAUACUUGCCAUUAUUAUGGCAUGGGCCAUAACGUUUACGGCAAUGUGUACCUUGAUACUCUGCUUAGGCUUCGGACCAGUUGGGAUUGGUGCAGGAACACUUGCUGCUGCAUUCCAAUCCUACAUGUAUGGAGCUUUUACUCCAGCUGGGGGAAUCUUCGCGACGCUGACUAGCAUGGCAAUGUUGGGCACCUUGAUGCCAGCUGCCGCUAUAUUGGCUGCUGUGAUUGCCACAGGAGCAGCAAUAAUUGUAUGGGUCUUGGGUAUUGGUAGGCCAUGA